AGCUUCUUGUAUAAAACAUUCUUGUGCAUUAGCCAUGUGUGGAGCCACGGUAAAGAAAAUAUAGUAGAAAAUUUGACAUGUGUCAAAUUGUCAAUGUCAUAACAUCCUUUAAAUAAAAUAUCCUCUGAUAUGCUUUUUAUCGAAUAAAACUUACAUAAUAUCUUGUACAUACAUACAAUAAAUAAACAGGAAAUAUGCUAAGAUUCGGUAUAAAAUCGGCUAUUCUAGGAUCAGCCGUUUAUUAUACAGUUGAUAAAGGCGUUUGGAAGGAUAGUGCAACAACAAGUGAACUUUACGAAGAACUGGAAAAAGGAGUUUCUCCUUACGUAGGAGAAUUUAAGAAGCAAAUCCCUUAUGAGCUGCCUCCUCUGCCCUCCAAUGACAGAUUGACAUAUUUAUUUAAAUAUUACUGGAAUAGUGGAGUAAAGGCGACAUUCAGAUUUCUUGUUGACCUGCCAACACAUGCUACCAAUGCUGCUUCGAAGUCCUACAAUUAUAUUUCCGCUGCAUUAGAGGCCGCUGAAUCAACCUCUACCACUAGUCAAGAAAAAGCAAAAUGAUUUUUUAUAGUAGUUUACUAACAUGUAACACUUGUUAAAUUAUUAAAGCAAAUUAAAUAUAA